GUAAACCCCUUGACUUCACGAAGAACCAGACCUCAGAGCGCCUCAGGGAACGGUCGGGUUUAGCCAAGGACUCGUGUACCGUCAGUGUGAAGAUGGCUCUUGCUUUGAUGGUGUCUACGGUUCUCCUGGCCUACGUCAAUGGCCAGGAGGUACUCUCGAGUUGCCCAUCCCCCAACGGCUACUUUGCGGACGCCGUCCAGUGCGACAAAUACUACCACUGCCAGGACAGCGUUUUGACCGAGAAGCUGUGCCCUGAUGGCAUGGCCUUCAAUGACCUCAACCCGAAGGUCGAGAAGUGCGACUUCCUGUUCCAGGUCAGCUGCCAAGAAAGACCUGAUUUGCAGCGCCCCAAAUCCACUGAAAACUGCCCCCGCCAAAACGGAUACUUCCCCCACGAGGACCAGACGAACUGCAGGGAGUUCUUCUACUGCACCAAUGGGAUAAGUUCGCCCCUCACCUGCCCCGAGAGCUUGGUCUUUUCGACGAAGACCGGAACCUGCGUGUGGCCCGAAGAGGCCGGGAGAACAAACUGCGCCUCGGAGAAGGUAUUCAACUUCACCUGCCCCAAAGUGGGCAUGGACAAGGCCAUCACCCAUCCAAGAUAUGCGGAUCCCGAUGACUGUCAGUACUUCUACGUCUGCAUCAACGGAGAAACGCCCAGGAGAAAUGGAUGCUCGUUCGGGCAGGUCUUCGAUACGAGAAGCGUGACCUGCGCUGAGCCCAAAGAUGUUCCUGAUUGCGCCGACUACUACCUGGAAUACUUCGACAAUUAUUUCGAGACUCUGGAAGCCGGAGCAAGACCCAGUGGAGACAUCCUCUCAGCAGCCAGAGCGUCCGGAUACGAGAUUCCGGACUUCCGGGAACGAGUUCGGAUACGACCUGGUGAUGCCGUACCCGAACGAAGGGGUACCACCACCCCCUCUCCCAGAGGUGAAGGACCGGGAGGAAGGCCUCUACGUCGCAGAAGGCCUGGUGGCAACGGAGGCCUACGGAGAAGAAAUAGGCCUAAAACUACCACUACUACUACUACCACAACGCCUCCUCCUGAAUACUAUGACGACUACUAUUACUACGACGAGACUUACGACAGCGCAGACAAGAAGGAUGACGCGUCAUAUUAAUUAGUUACUGUGGUUACUGUGCAUAUGUUUACUCAUACUGAAUUUUUUUUUUAAGUUGGCUAAAUUCCAAGUCUUCUUAAUGUGUAAGUUUCUCAGUGCCAUUGUUUAAAGGGAUGCUAGUUGAAUUAAAGCACGUACAGGCUCACACGCACUCGUGACACAUACAUAGUACAUCUACGUACAUAUAUAUUUACAUACAUACAUACAUUACAUACAUACACAAACAUAUUUUAUAUAUACAAUAUAUAUAUAUAUAUAUAUAUAUAUAUAUAUAUAUAUAUAUAUAUAUACAUAUAUAUCUGUACUUGUAUGCUGGAUAAUUGUUCAGUAUGAAUGUCCUAAUGUUUAGCGUUUCUAAUCUGACAUACAAGAGAAUAUACGUAUAUAUAUACUUGUAUGCUGGAUAAUUCUUUAGUAUGAAUGUCCUAAUGUUUUUCGUUUCUAAUAUAACAUACAAGUGUGUAUAUAUGUGUGUGUGUGUGUGUGCGUAUACACUUGUAUGCUGGAUAAUUGUCUAGUAUGAAUGUCCUGAUGUUUCACGUUUCUAAUCUGACCAUCAAUCAAAGUUUUUCAUGUUAAUAAUAAAGUCAAUAUUUAAGUUAUCGCUCCACCUAUGAAACUAAGGAACUUAAUUUAUUUACUAUGCAUAAGCUAGGAACAUUGUAAAGGAAUAUUAAUUUGUUACUGAUAUAAAGUUAUCGAGAUUUAGGAAGAACUUACAAUGAAAGUGAAAAUGUUACAGCAUAGUAUUUUACAAAAGCUAAAUAAAAGGUUUUUAAAUAAAAGGUUUUCCUCCAUAAAUUCGU